AUGAAUACGUUUUAUUGUAGUAUAUUUAUUGUGGUAAUUCUAUAUGCGUAUUUCGAUAUGGUAGAUGGUAUACCGGAGCCUCAAAAAUUUGUCGAUGAAGAUGGAGUACCGGUGAGAAGAAAACCUACUACUCCAAUCAAAAUAUCUCCUAGUAAGAUACCAGUGAACAGAACAAUGAAAGCAGAAGCCAAACCAUCCAAAGAAGAGAAACAAAAAUCAUCACAUCAGAAAGAUAAGAAGGCCAAAUCGUCAUCAUCAACUAUGACCAUCGGGUGUCCAAUUAUCUUCAUGAUUACACCAUUUGUUAUUUCAGAGUUCCUUCUUUGA